AUGGGGGAGGAGGCAGACCGAAGGGGCUGCUACUGUCGGAAGAUCCCGACAGCGCUGCCCUUCCCAGGGCAACCCGGUGAGGGCCUCCGGCUGCCCCGGCCCUGGGAGAUGGGGGAGGGGGUGGCUGCACCACGGAAGGGGCGCCCAGGGCAGGUGAGUGUCCCCACUGCAGCCAAGAGACCAGGAAGGAUGUAUGGGGGAGUGGGGGCCGGUGGUCCUCAGUUCUCCUCAGGGGCCCCCAGUAAACACGGCAGAAGGAAGCAAGACUUUCAAACACCUGUCCAAAGCAGGGAGGGCAGAAAUCCAGCCCCACGGUCCCUCGAGCCCCGCCGCGCACUCUGCGGCAAAGCCCCUGGCUGGAGACGGGCGAGCCCAGCUCCAGGGUCCCGACGCGAGAAGGGGAUCCCGGCGGGCGAGAAGCAGCGCCAGGGCGGGGGCUCUGGGGCGACUUACGGCAGAGACGGCGAGGGAGGCAGCGGCGGCCCUAGCGCGGGGCCCGGGAGGCGCGGCCGGACUGCAGAGGCGCCGAGGCUGCGGCGGGCGGGACUGCGGUGGGCGCCAUCUUGGAGCGCUCCCCGCGCCCGCCCCCCGCGCCGCUCGAGUCCUUGCAUAAUUGAUGACUCGCGCCCGCCGCGCGCCACCGCGCGCGUGUCCCCGCCGCCGGGCCCCCCGCCCGCCCUGCCCCCGCGCCGACCCCCGGCGCGCGCCCCCCGCCCGCGCCCGGCCCCCGCCAGCCCGCGGCCCGCGGCCCACCUACCCCUGCAGGGCGCGCCUGUUCGCCCUCAGCGAGCCGCCCGCCCGCCCGCUAGCCCGCUCGCUGGUUCUCAGGCCGGUCCCCGCGCCGCCCGGACCGGAUCCGGGGCGAGGGAGCAGGGCGCCGGCAGGGGGCGCCGCGCUGGAGCGCCUCGCGAGCGUCCCGGGGCCCGCCUCCCCGACGCCCCCGCGGAGCCGCGCGGGAGGGGCACCCGGGCCGAGCGCUGGGACACGGCCGCGAGAUGCCGGCCGGCCGCCCCCCCGGCAUCUGGCCAGUGA